UAAGUUUUCUUUUGAACCAAAAUAUUUGCUCACAUUCACACCACUACCACACUUCAAAACCAACAUUCUUAGCUCCUCGUCCUCCCUUCCUCCAAUCUCAAAAACCAUGACUGAGUUGGUCUCUUCCAUUGCAGCAAAUGUCAUUGAGAAGCUAGGGUCCCUUGCUUAUCAAGAGAUUUCCUUGGCAUGGGGCACUGCAAGCGAUCUGAAAAAGCUUGAGGACACCAUGUCCACCAUCCAAGCCGUGCUGCUCGAUGCUGAGGAGAAGCAAGCAGAAAACCACCAGCUCAGAGUUUGGCUGGAGCGACUCAAAGCUGUCUUUCAUGAUGCUGUAGAUGUGGUGGAUGAAUUUGAAUGUGAAGAUCUACGGAGGCAAGUUGUGAAAACAUAUGGAAGCACUGGUAGAAAGGUAUGCCGUUUCUUUUCAUUUUCUAACCCGCUUGCCUUCGGUUUUAAAAUGGGUCAUAGAGUCAAGAAGAUCAGAGAGAGGUUAGAUUUGAUAGCAAAGGAUAGAGAUCAAUUUCAUCUUAAGGUGCGACACGAUGAGAAGCAUAUUGUGCACAGGGAGACCCACUCAUUUGUUUGUGAUUCUGAUGCUAUUGGGAGGGCUUAUGACAAGCAAAAGAUAAUAGAUCUUUUGAUGCAACCAGGUGAUGAUGGUAAUGUUUCUGUGAUUCCAAUAGUUGGAAUCGGAGGUAUGGGCAAGACUACACUUGCUCAGUCAGUGUAUAAUGAUAAAAUGGUAAAAAUCAGGUUUUAUCCCAGAGUAUGGGUAUGUGUGUCAGUGGACUUUAAUGUUAAGAAGUUGGCAAAAGAAAUCCUUAAGUCUGCAGGUGGUGUUAUUAGUGAAAGUAUGAGUAUGAAUGAAGUGCAAGCUAGUUUACAAAGUAUUUUAGAGAAAAAUAGAUUUUUUAUCGUUUUGGAUGAUGUUUGGAAUGAGGACCGUAACAAAUGGAUUGCAAUGAAGAAUUUGUUAACAGAAGGUGGUCAAGGCAGUAAAAUUCUUGUCACUACACGUAGUCAAAAAGUUGCCUCGAUGAUGGCUUCUGGGCCCUUCCACCACAUAAAAGGUAUUUCAAAGGAUGUUUGUUUGUCCUUGUUAUUCAGAUGGGCCUUCAAUAGAGGAGAGGAGAAACAAUAUCCAAACCUAGUAGAAAUUGGAGAACAAAUUGUGAAAAAGUGCAAAGGUGUUCCUUUGGCUGUAAGGACUUUAGGGAGCUUACUUUAUUCUAAAACAGAGGAAAGUGAUUGGAUCUCUAUAAGGGAUAGUGAGAUAUGGAAACUAGAGCAACAAGAAGAAGACAUUUUACCCGCAUUAAAAUUGAGUUAUUAUCAAUUGCCAUCGUACUUGAAACAAUGUUUUGCUUAUUGCUUAUUGUAUCCAAAAGAUUUUAGAUAUAAUAGCUCCUACUUAAUUCAGUCGUGGAUGGCAAAUGGACUUCUCCAAAAGUCCAACAACAGUAAUCAAGAGUUGGAAGAUAUUGGAUUUCAGUAUAUAAAAGAGUUAUUAUCAAGAUCUUUCUUUCAAGAAGUUCAGGAUCAUGGUGUUUUUUUGACAUUUAAAAUGCAUGAUUUGUUACAUGAUCUUUCAUUAUAUGUUGGACAAAAUGAUUAUUGCUUAAUUGAAAACACUCACAGCACAAGCAAUUUUGAAAAGGCUAGGCACGUGUCAAUUUUGGACCAUAAUUUGGGUGUUGAUGCAAUGAGAGAUUUUUUACACAAGUUGAGUGAUAACUUGCGGAUUAUUAUUUUCUCAUGUAAAGAAUGCACAUAUGAUGAACACGAUUUUAUUACUAUUAAUGAAUCCUUGAUGGAAACAUGCAUUUCAAGGUUUAAGUACUUACGGGUGCUAGAUCUAAAAUUUUCAAGGUUGGAGGUUGUACCAAGCUUAAUUAGUACUUUGAAGCAUUUGAGAUAUCUUGACUUACGAGGGAAUAAGAAAAUCAAGAGAUUGCCUAACUCCAUUUGCAACCUGCAAAACUUGGAAACUUUGAUGCUUGCUGGCUGUGAAGACCUUGAAGAAUUACCAAGAGAUAUAAGAAAGAUGAUCAGCCUCAGAUAUUUGUGGAUAACCACAAAACAAACGCAUUUGCCUGCCAAUGGAAUUGAGUACAUGUGUUCACUUCGAAAUUUGGUCUUUAUAGGAUGUCCCAGACUAUUGCAUUUUCCUGAAGGGAUCCAACGCCUCACUGCCCUUCACAGAUUGGAGUUUACAUAUUGUGAAAGCUUGACGUCUUUGCCACGUGGUAUGAAACAUCUAACUGCAUUGGAAAUUUUGGGAAUUUGGGAUUGUGAAAAGCUUAUUUUGAUGGAAGGGGAUGACUACCCAAUGAGGCUUCGAAGACUGACAAUCGGUUUCUUGCCAAAACUAGUGUCUCUACCGCGAGGGCUUAUACCAUCUGCUAAUACUUUACAGUUCUUAGCUAUUUAUCAUUGUGGGAACUUGGCGAAAUUGCCACAGUGGCCUCCAAAUCUCAGUUUACUUCCAAAACUUGACAUUUUGAACUGCCCAAAAUUAUUGUCUCUGCCUAAAAGGAUGGAUCGCCGCACUGUUCUAAAAGAUUAGGUAAGAUUUAAAAUCUUCCUCAUCUUCCACAUAUGCUCAAAUUAUCUAUCUUAAACGAUAUUGCUGUUGGUUUUUUUUUUUUUUUUUUAAUGGGCCAUACAACUUUGAUUGUUUAUUGUGAUUGACAUGACACUACCUUAAUGCAACUUAAUUUAAAUAUUUAGGUUUUAAAUAUUUUUUUCUCAUGUCCAAAAUGUUAUAUUGUUCCUUUCUCUUUGCAUUUUUUUUUUUUUUUCACUCCUUCUUUUUCUCUUUGCCUCUCUUCUACUAAGAAAAAUUUGUUGCGACCCCAUAUGGGUCCAUGGGACCUAUGCAUCACAAUAAUAGUCUACUUACAAAACUUUAGUACAACUAGGCUCUUUAUUAUAAAAUGGUGAAUGAGUCAACUAGGCUCUUUAUUAGUAAUAGCAGGGAACAGUGUCUCGCUGGUUGUAGUGAUGUAAAAUUGAAUGUUGCUUCUCAAAA